AUGAAACGAACCCGGUAUUUACAGCGAAUUUUAUCGUCUCACUCGGAUCCUGCGACUAUGGGAAAGCUCGUGGCGUGUCUUGUUCGUAGCAACAAAUUUUCGGAGGUAGAACGUUUACUGCAGUGUCUUCCCAACGCUAAAGAAUAUAACAACAACGAAGACAUCACAAGAGCUAGAAUUGCUGUUGCGUGGCACAAAAAAGACGUAGGAAAAGUUUUCAAACUUAUUGAGGUGAACUCUUAAAUGAUAUCGUCAUUUUCAAACCAGUUCCCUCGAAGUAUAGAUAACAGGAUAAUGUUGCAGUUAUUCGAACGGUUUGUUCGUUUCGUACGCAAUGUACAAACUAUUGUUCAUUUCUGUUUAACUUUUUUUUUCCGCUGACCUAGGAGGGAAGUUUUUCCAACGGAGAAGAUCUUAUCGAGAUAUGGGAUCAAGCGCAUUUUUAUGAAAGUAAAUGUCAUACUCCAGUGCAAAGAUAUCGCCUUCGACAAAGGUUUGUUAAAAACAUUUUGUUGAUAUCACACGCCGCUUGAUAUACCAUUGAGUUUCGAAUCAAUUCUUGUUCACAGUGAUGUUGUACGUGCACGGUUAAGAAUAUUUUGAAAGUUCUUUUUAGUACACUUUGAAAUGGAUGACUUUUAGUAGAGGUGUUUUGUAAAUAACGUUGCUUAUGUCAAUACACUAUGCUUGAUUAAAAGCGAUCAGCCGUAAUACGUGCUUUUGAAAGUUUAAGUUUGAUUUUUUUUGAUGGAUGGAUCUAUCAUUCGCUCACAUUCAAUCACAAUUCCACGAAAAAAGGUUCCGAGUCGUGGCUAAGUACAGUGUGAAGUGACUGAUAGUUUUUUUGAAAAUCUGUUGAUAGACUAGUCUUGGAUUUAAGCGGUGAUAAGCGAUACGCAGUUAGACGUUUUUACAGCUGGUUCUAUAAUGGCAACGCAUUCUUUCAAUCCGUUUUCGACCUUCCUCUAUUACGCUUUUCUUUAAAGAGCACAAAUAUUAGUACACAGGAAUUGCAGAUUUCAUUAUUAUUAAAUAAGGCAAGAUAAAAUCAAUUGAUUUACCAUACCGGUUUGAACCGACUUUUAUUAAAGUGUUGUCAAUUGCUCACACCUGAUACUACAUACGCAAAAGGUAAAAUUAUUUUACAUUGCUUCAUAAUUAAUUCGAAGGUAGACUGAUACACUGCAGAUUAGAUAUACCUCGAUUUUAAGUGUAUUCAUUCUUAAAACCCGUACCAAGGUAUAUACCAAAAAAGUGAUUUCGAAAUUAUAAAGUCCAGAGUUGUAGUUGCCGAUCAUCACUCAUCUUGGUGCGUGGAGGUUCUUUUUGUCCUAUGAAAAUAUUUUUUCUGAUCUUUUCUGCUGGUAAAAUGUGUCAUAGCAGUUUUCUCGCAACUUUCAAAGGACCUUUUGAAUCUGUAGGGUUUUUACUGUGGGAACUUUGUGUACUUACAGUUCGCGCAUUUUGCCCUCCGUUAAUUUUUAUAGACAGUCAAAGGCAACACACUCCUUUUCCCCUUUUUUAUCAGAAUGUCCAUUUUUCGAGUUGAGCGCCCUGGACCGUUCUCAUUUUCUGGGCAGUUUCAGCCUGACAAUGUUCUUAAGGAUGUUCUUAAAUUUCAAUAACGAGAAUCUGAUAACUUUAAAGCUCGAUAUAGACAUGAUAAGACAAUGAUUACAGUUUUACAUGAAUGAAUUGUACAAGUACAUUGUAAAUGUAUUAUUGACCAUACACGAUAGGAAUGUGUUGAAAGAACAAAAUUUUACAUGCAUUUUGAUUCCAUGUAAGACAUUAUGUAAACCAGAUUUUCAGGAGUUAAUUAGGAGAGUAAAAGCAGUGAUAAAAUAAAUUGCUCGUCUCUGAGCCUUUGGUAUGUUCUUAGCAUGUUCUUAAUAUUUUGGGAAAUUUCAGGCCGAACUUUCUUGUAAAAAAGGUUCUUUAUUAAAAAAGUAAAGAGUGUAUGCCUUAAAGUGAAUCCCGCGAUAUAGAGGUGUCAUGCUUGCUACCGUGUCUUCCAAGGCCUUCUCGUUCAGAGCGAAUGGCAGGGAGACUCGCUCGGACCACGUGAGUCGAAACGCAGAGGCAGCGUGGCUGGGCAAGAGCCAUACGUCAACUUCUCAAAGGCUUUUAAUUUUGCAAACUUUUAUUAUUUUUUAGUCAGCCAAUCAGAAAGCAAGACAUUAAUAGACCUAGAAAUGAUUAGAAAAAUUGUCCAGCGGGUUAAACCCUAAAAAUACAGCCCUUGUACAACCGCCUCCUCUCCCAUUAGGCGGGGAGGGGCGGCUGUAAGAUCUUAAAAAUAGCAUGUGACCUUAUCUUAAUGAGAUUCCACCACAUUUUGUUCGUGGCGACAUGGGAGUUGAAGUAUUGUUCCGCAAGAUUAUGAGACUCCAGGAGACCUAACCGGUUCUUACUAUACUGCUUGCAAUGCUGGUGUGUAUUUGAGUUUGUUAUACACCUAUAAGUUGAUAGAGUCACAAGAUUUGCGAGAGCCUUCAAAGGAUGAUAUCCUGAUUCAAAUGAUCGCUAUUUCUGGGAGAAGCGCAAAUUGCAGUUGAAGCGGGGAUUGGAGCGGCUGAGAGUAGGCUAGCCUGAGAAAACAGCCGACAUCUCGCGACGCCACCACUCCUUUCACCGCGAAUAUGACGUCUAAGAAACGAGGACAGAAAUUCCACAGUGAUGACACGUCACUACCCAGAUCUGGGUUGUGCUUUUAAAAGGCUGAAGCAAAAUUUCCACGCGGCAAGCACUACCCAGAUCUGGGUACUGAAUUUAGUAUAUUAUGUGUUCGUUCCUCAGACGUCUCAGGCUAAGAGUAGGAUAUAUAACCAUCAGUGCUUUUGAUGGCGACCACCCUCACUUAGGCCAUCCGAAUGAAAUGUUUCCUUUCCCAUCGCCCGACCGACCCAUUUUUUUCGAAAGGUAAAAAAAAAAAAAAUUCAAGAUUCACUAGUCAAAGAAGCAAGUACUUUAAUUUACAAGCACACGAUCUUGUUUUAACAACAAUUGGUAUGAUGUGAUGUCCUUGUCCUUAAUUAACAUCGAUACUACGUUUUUUUAAGGCUGUUUAGACAUUUGAUAGUCGCGUUAAUAUACAUCUUUUAGCAUCUGAUUAUAUAUCUUACAGAUUAAACGUGAGAUAAGUUUUCAUUCUUUUUUUUCCCCGACCGACCGAUCCACGAUCACAAGAGACGGGGCGAUGGGAAACGACACAUUUUAUAAAGAUGGCUUUAUGAAAAAGCAGGGGACUAUAAACAGUCUGAAAGAAGAGAAAAAAAAUUCGUUUACACCAAUGAAACACUUGCUUCACAGUCUGUAUUAUGCAUCAUCACUGUCUUUGAUCCUUCUUAGAAACGUGCCUCCCCAAAGCAUCUGCCCAUCUGGUGUUCGUAAAAAAAGAGGAAUACCCAGACAUAUCAGCCAAGGAUUGCAGACAUGGUUCAGAGAUCACGGCCCAUACCCAAACCAGGCUGAAAAAGAGAUGCUGGCAAAGAAAUACGGCAUCACUCUUGGCCAGGUAACAAUGUUAUAUGGAGGCAGUAUUAAAUAUUCCCAUCUUGAAUGCUUUGAUUCACUUGGAAAUUUAGUUGAAAGUACACUUGUAAAUUCAGCUAAGGACUCUCUUUUAUGUGGCACUUGGAGAGCGGAAAAUAGUAGCAGCCGUUUCAAUUUUAAAGGCACGUAUACAAUUAACAUUGGCUUAAUGGACAACUCAGUGAAACGUUCCCAUUCUUAUCUUCCCACUUCUUUUGUUAUUUUACCGUAGCUAAAGAACUGGUUUGCGAACUCCCGAAGACGUCUGCGAAAAGAAGAACCU